CCUCUCUGCCGGCCUUUUGCGGCAAGCCACUUAUUCCACCGCCCGACUUGGUAUCUACACCAGUCUGUUCGAAUUCUUCUCCGGUCCCGAACAAAAGGCGCCAAGCUUUCCGAUCAAAUUGGGUUGCGCAAUAACUUCUGGGGUCGUUGGAUCGUUUAUCGGCACCCCUUCUGAGGUUUGCCUGAUUCGAAUGACCUCCGAUGGACGUCUGCCGUUGGGGGAACGAAGAAACUACACCAAUGUUUUCAACGCUCUCAUCCGGAUCUUUCGUGAAGAGGGACUGACGGCAUUGUGGAGGGGCGCCGUUCCCACAAUGGGGCGCGCGGCGGUCGUCAACGGUGCGCAGCUCGCAUCGUACUCCCAGACCAAGCAGCAAAUUCUUGACUCUGGUUUGUUUCAAGAUGGAAUCGGGGUGCACUUUAUGGCCAGCAUGUUCAGCGGCUUUGUGACGUCAGUGUUCUCUCUACCUGUGGACAUCAUCAAGACGCGUAUACAAAAUAUGAAAACGAUUGACGGUCAGCCGGAAUAUCGAAAUAUGGCGGUACAGGAAAGCACUCAUCGACUGGCUUGA